AUGUACGGACUCUUACAACUGUUCUGCCUGUACUUGGUAGCAAUCUCCCUCUCCCAAGGCCUCAAACGAACAUGGGUUCAGAAGGAACUCCGUGAUUCUCCUGAGUCUGAACCCAGCGAAAAUAAUGCACGUUUUAUUGAGGUUCCACUCGACCACUUUGGGAGCGACAACUCGUCGACAUUUCUGAACCGCUACUGGGUUAAUGCUUCUUACUACGUUCCCGGAGGGCCGGAAUAUCAUGGUCUCUCAGCUACAAUGCGCCUCGCCAAGCGAUAUGGUGGACUAGCAAUACUAUGGGAGCAUCGAUAUUAUGGCGACUCGCAGCCGUUUCCUGUUAAUGAAAAUACAACUGCAUCAGAAUGGAAAUUCCUCACUACUGAGCAGGCUCUCGAAGAUGUCGUGUUCUUCGCGAAUUCUUUCAGCUCUUCUGGCGUCAAUGCAACGCUGGAUGAUCCUCUGUCUCUCCCAUUACAUCCUAGCGUCGCACCAUGGGUGUUUCUGGGCGGUUCAUACCCCGGCGUACGAGGCGCUCUCCUCCGAAUUCGAAAUCCAGAGACCAUAUUUGCUACGUGGGCGUCGUCUGCUCCUGUUCAUGCUCAAGUCGAUAUGGCUAGCUACUAUAAGGCGGCAGAGCGUAGCCUCACCAGAAAUUGCUCCGCUGAUUGGGUCGCUGUUACUCGAUAUGUUGACGACGUCCUCAAGGGAGACAACAUAGGACUGAAAGAAGACGUCAAAUUCCGUCUCGUGAAAGCUCGCCUCAGUGGUCCGGGAGGUAACACUACAGGCGCGGUUGGUCUUACCAAGGCGCAAGCCAAUGCGCGAUCAGACGUAUCUGUCGCGUCAAUCCUCAUGGACCCUUUGGAUUUCUACCAGUAUUACGGUUUCGCAGCAUCCCUCCUGCCCUUCUGCAACCUUCUUGAGACCAGGAAUUUUACUCAAGCACCGGAAGAAGGCGGGAUUUUUUCGGUCGAUGGUAUCUCUUCGGCGUUCGAUGCCUAUCUUGUAGCAUUGAGCGAACUUGAUUACGAUGAGAUUCCUGGGAGUCCUGACGACCCAGCCACAGAUCUGGCGUGGAUGAGGCAGUAUUGCUCUGAGUACGGGUUUUACCAACGAGGCGACGCAUCGAACCCUCUGUCCAUAGAGACGUCGCUCUUGUCGCUUGACCUGUUCCAGCGGCAAUGUGACGAGACCUUCCCGGAUAGUCUGCCAAGCUGGCCGGAGGUCGGUAAUAUCAACAAGUACGGAGGGUGGGAUAUGAAGCCAUCAAAUGUUAUGUUCACGAACGGGGAAUUUGAUCCCUGGCGAACCAUGGGUCUAGCGUGCAAUACACCUGCCGAAGGAAACUCAUUUUUCGGACUCACCUACGCGAACAUGGUUCACGUUUCCGACAUGCGAGUGCUUCUUGUACCGGACAGCAACCAUUCAGAUUUCAAAACUAUCGGAUUUUACAGCCCAAUUUCCCAAGAGCAGUUUUUCACUGGAUUGGGAUUAUUUCAGCUGGCUUUGGAUGAAUGGUUGCCUUGUUUUAACGGAAGCAGGUGA